UUAAUUAAUUUAUAAUUUAUUGCAGCAUCGGCAUGCUUCGGGUUUCAAGACCAAGGGACGAUGAUAGCAGCAGCUAACCCUAGUCUGUACAAUAACGGGGCCGCAUGCGGAACAAGUUACAGGGUGCGGUGCACCGGACGCACCAACGCCGGUGUACUUGCACCCUGCCGCAACGGUGAAAUCACGGUGAGAAUAGUGGAUCUCUGCCCUGGAUGUGGGGUCGACCAGCUCGAUCUCUCCCAAGAAGCUUUCUCCAUGAUUGCCGACCCUAAUGCCGGAAGGAUCCUAAUUGAAUACAACCGGGUUUAAAGGGCAGCAAAAGUUUUUCAACUUGGGAGGUCUGGUAUAUAUAUAUAUAUAUAUAUA